AUCUGCAUGGGGUUAACCGGUUAUCAUAGUAAAGAUCAUUACACAUAGAAACAUGUUUCACAUACGUAGUUUUUGUUCUAUCAACAUACAAACCUUUACCAUUAGGCCAAACAUAAACAAAACAUUAGAAGUGCUGUUGGAUCUGAAGUGUGCAGAGAUCUAAUUCCCCCAUGGCCCAGAGGGCUGGAGCUGCAACCAUGAUGCAGAGUCGAUUGAAUACAGCAUUUCACUGUCCUCAACCACUAACGCCUACAGUGAGUAUCGUGGGGUCGGCUGGACGCAGAGCAGAUGGUAAAAAAAUGACAAAAAAAUUGUUUGACAAAAUGGUAGAGAAAGCGAAGGCAGUCAUAAAAGACGAUUUUAAACUUGAACUUCAGCAAAUACAUGUCAUCAGUGGAGGUGCUGCUUGGGCAGAUCAUAUUGCUGUGAUACUGUACUCACUUGAAGAGGUCAACCGUCUCACACUACAUCUACCAGCAAAAUGGGGGGACUCCAAAUUCGUCGAAAAGAAAGUAGCUUCUAAGACUAGCUGGAAGAGUCCUGGUCAGUCAUCAAAUGAGCUCCACAAACAGUUUAGUGACAAAAUAGGGGAGGACAGUUUGGGACACAUCGAAGCUGCCAUAACACUAGGAGCAAAGUGUCACAUCCAUGAUGGAUUCCAGAAAAGAAACACAGAGGUUGCCAAGAGCAGCUAUCUUCUUGCAUUUACCUGGAACGAAGGCAGUGAACCAAAGAAAGGUGGAACUGUGGACACUUGGAAAAAAUGUCAAGGCGUAAAGAGACAUAUAUGUUUAAACUCGCUGUGUGUGGACCAACAAGAUGCUGACAAACAUAUUCUACAGAGGAAAAGAAGCUAUGGAAGUGAGUCUGAUGACAUUGAGUGCGAUGGGCCCAAACGACCGAGGGUGGAGAAAUGAUAACUAUCAUAAAUUAUUAAUUUUGUGUACACAUAAUUAAUCACUCAGAAUAAUAAUUAUUACAAACGUCAGCAAAAUAUUCUACUCUGUGUUCAAGUUUAA